AUGCAAGACAUUAAUUCCGUCGAUAAUGUCUCCAUUGAAUCGGAUGGAUUGGCCAAAUACCUACUUAAGGAAAAUUUACUUCUUACUGCACUCGAGUAUCACUAUGAGCUACUCGAACGCGGCAAAAUGGUUGAAUGUUUGAAAGAUUUCUUUGAAAAUCCUAGCAAUUUCGACACUUUUGAAAAUUUCCAACCGCCCGAGGCGCCUUUAAAGUCAUGUGUAAGUGUUUCGACACUGGAUUCGAUGGAUUUGCAUGCUGAUACCGAAGACACCAGUGCUAUUCAAAACCAGGUUAAAGCGACAAACACUAAUGAAGCUCCCAAUAAGGACGAAAUGGGGCAGACCGCAGUCCCGGCCAUGGCUCUUGAAAAACGAACCAUACGUUUUCUGAUAAACGAGCAUCUUCUGAGUUCAGGGUAUAAACUCACAGCGGUUCAGUUUGCCGAGGAAUGUGAAGUAGACGAGCAACAAGAUUUGGACGAUUGGGCCGACACCGACACCAGUUUCCAGGACCUCAGACAGGAGCUGGAGGCGGCUCAUCGUAAUCUCAGCAUGAUGCAGUGCAGCCAGGGUGCCCUGAAAGCCGAACUCGAAGUUUCCCAUCAGCAAGUUGAUGAUCUACGUGGGAAGAUUAGCCGUUUGGAGUCAGAGAAUCUCAGUCUCUCCCAGGAGUCAACCUACUGGCGAAAUCAACUUCUGUGCCUCAAACGAAAGGUCCCAACAGAAUUCCUGCACUGCGCAACGCAGAUGCUCCCAUCGCCCGAGAACUCAUCAGUCGACGUCGUAACCACCUCCUUCCGAUUGGCCGACUCCGUCGAUGAGAUCAUCAUCAUUGUGGGCCGUCAGAUAGAAAGCAUUUUGUCGGCUCUACCAGAGAACUCCAAGGCCGUAAGUCACCCUCACUAG